AUGUUUCCCGAAAAGAGAGACCUCUCGUAUUUCCUCCCAUUCGGCCCCGCGCCGAGCCUGAGCACGCUACCGUCCGACGCGGGAUUCGGCGGAAGCCGGGAAGCCGGCGUUACAACCGGCGUUGCCGCCGGUGGUGUUGCCGGCGCUGGCACGAGCUACGGCUUCAGCGGUGCCGGCCCGGCGGGGUUUAACACCGAUGCAGCGAACACAGCAGCGUCGCGGCUGUACGCAACGGGAGUGAUUGACAGUAGUAACCAGCCGGCGAAAGAUAACAACAACCAGACGAACAACAAUAACAACAACAGCGCGAGCGUGAGCAGCACGCGGAGAGAGUACGCGUGGCCCGGGACCGUGGCUCACGCGUUCGCCGCCAUUGCGCGUGGUCCCGCCGCUAGUCAGGUGGCGAGUGGCGAGACGUUAGCGGACGCGAUAAUUGACAUUCGCAGGGAGCUAAGUCUCAGCGAUGGUAACCCUCGGCUCGCGAAAGGUCUCGCUGAAUUCUUCGACGAGAUUCUUUCCGAGGAAGAAUCUCAGGAGUUUUUCUUCUUCACGCUGCCCGGAAUGGCCUCGCUCGCACUGCGUCUCCCGAGCCUCGUCUCCCAGCAGGCUCGGAGCGUGGCUCGGGCAGCCCAAGCCGCAGCGCAGUCCGGCAGCAGCGGGGGGAGCGGAAGCGGGGGUAGCGGGAGCGGAAGCGGGAGCGGGGGAAGCGAGAAAUGGCGGAGGGGAACGCAGAUGACGCUGCAGCUGUUGAGGCCGCAGCAGCCGGGGCUUGUGCUUAUAACGCAGGAGCUUGCAGCGGCGCUAUUGGUGGGCGCGUUCUUCUGCGUGUAUCCCACGGCUGGGCGCGCACAGGAGAGAUUGCCAGAGAUCAACUUCGACCGCCUCUAUGGCGGCAUAUACGAGGGCUCGCCGCAACAACAAGAGAAGCUGCGCUGCCUACUGCACUACUUCCGCCGAGUCGUCUCCUCCAUGCCUCAGGGCGCCGUCUCGUACGAGCGCAAGGUGCUGCCCCUCACUGCUGUCACACCCGCCACUGUCACACCCACUGCUGCCGCCCCGCCAGCCCUGCACCCAUUCAACGCCCCUGGUACUGACACACCAGGCCACCUAAAGCAACAGCAGCAGCAGCAGGAUGUAUUUGGUUGGGGUGGGGAGGCAGGGGAGGGUGGAGGGCGGGGAAGUGGGAACAUGAGACAAGGCGGUGGUAGUUCGCCACCUGGAAGCGGUCCGACAACAGGCUCGGAUCCGAGCCUAGCAGGCUCGUGGGGGAAGGAAGGGGAGGGAGGAGAGGGGCAGUUGCGGAGUGGGGGGUGCUUUGGGGGGAGCUGGGGGACGCUUCCCCCUCCCCCUGGCGCGGACUUCUGGGGGACAAGGCGGAUUCCGCUCUGCGCCCUGGUGGUGAGUGCGACGGGCGUUUUGGGGAGGGAGAGGCAUGUUGGGGGGAGAGGGGUGUUGGGGGAGGAGGAGGAUGUUGGAGGGAAGAGUGGUGUUGGGAAGGGGGAGAUGGGUGGAGAGAGGUUUGGGUGCACCAGGACGCAUGGCUGGGAGGGCAGACAGGGGGCAGCUGCGCAGUGCUUCCAAUCAUAUCACACCUGCCGCUUCAUGCACCACUCUUCCCCUCCAACCCUUCUUCACCAUUUCCUCUCUCCCAUUCCUUUCCUGGUGCAUGAGCGCGGCACAAUAGAGGACGAUGGCUCGGGCUGUCUGCAAGUGGACUUCGCGAAUUCCUUUCUGGGUGGCGGCACGCUCGGCUCGGGGUGCGUGCAGGAGGAGAUUCGUUUCGUCAUCUGCCCGGAGCUCAUCGUGGGAAUGUUUUUUCUGCCCGCCAUGGAGAACAACGAGACGAUUGAGAUCGUGGGGCCCGAGCGAUUCAGCAAAUACACUGGCUACGCAGCAACCUUCAAGUUCGCCGGGGAUUUCAUUGACACAGCCCCUCGGGAUUCCCUAGGCCGCCGCCAGACGCGGAUAGUGGCCAUGGAUGCCCUCUCCCACGCAGCAGAUCGCCAAUUCCGCAGCUCCUAUCUCCUCAGGGAAACCAACAAGGCCUUCUGCGGCUUCCUAGACCAUGCCUCUGCAAGGGGUUUCGCCGGCGGGUCGAUUCUCGCGAGUUCUGACUCACGGCUUGGGCGCGAAAGGGGCGUGGGAGGGCGAGACUCCAGUGAGAGUGAGAGAGUGGAGGAGGAGGAAGAGGAGGAGGAAGAGGAGGAGGUGGAGGAUGAGGGGGAGGAGGAUGGGUUUGUCAUGGUGGAGAGGGGUGCAGGGAGGUUGGAGGGAGUGCGGGAGGAGUGGGGGGAAGAGAGAGAGGCGGGGCAAACAGGGGGGGGUGAAGGGGGCGCUGCAGGGGCAGGUGAGCGUGUGGUGGGGGGGCAUGGGGAGGGGAGGGAGAUGGAGGUAGAGGGUGAGGCAACCCCAAUGGAGGAGGACUAUAACGAGGACAAGCCAGCAGAGGUGCAGAAGGCUAAUGAGGACACAGAGAUGAAGGAGAAGGAAGUGAGGGAAGAGGGGGAAGAGAGGGGGGAGGCACAUGAGAAGCAUGCCCAAUCUGCGAGCCAGGCGACUGGAGAGUCACCACAGCUGGGAAUGGGCAGCGCUAAUAGGGUGUCUGAGCAGACUCCCUCCCCCUCCCUGCCCUUUGUGCGCACUGAUGUUCUGCUGACAUCAGCAGGAGGGUUGAUGACAUCAGCAGGCGUUGCUGUGCCUGCGGGGGCGGUUUGUUUUCCCUCCAUCUCCCCCCAGGGCACCGGCACUGGGACAGGGGGUACUGGCGCGGGGACUGGGGGAACUGGCGCGGGGACAGGGGGGAGGACGUGGGGUUCAGGGGGAGCUACUGGUGGGGGAAGCGGUGGCGCCACAGGGGGAGGGACGGGGGGAACGGGGGGAACUGGGGGAACGGGGGGAAUAGGGGGAAGGGGAGGUGCAGCAGGAAAGGGUGGUGGUGCGGAAGGGGGUAGAGGGAGAGCGGAAGGCAGUGGAAGUGAUACCCAAAGCCGGGCGGCAACUGAUUCGAGUGGGCGGCAUUUGUCUCUUUCUGGGCUGAGGCGGGCGGUGGAGGAGGAGGUGGUUGGGGCGGGCGGCGGGGGAGGGCUUGGGGAGCAUGGUGGGCAGGAGGAGACGGGGAGUGGGGGAGGGAGCAGGGGGAGGAGUAGGGAUGAGAAUGGGAGUGAUAGUGGGGGGAGUGAUGACCUGGGGAGUCAAAGAACGAGUCCUGGGCAUUCAGCAGCAGCUAACGCUGAGGCUGCUGCAGCAGGGGGAGCAGAUGCAAGGGCAGGACAGGAGGCUGUGGCAGGGGUGGGAGGGGUUGCAAGGGGGACGGGUGCAGAGGACGCAGGUGACGCAGCGGGAGCAGCAGCACUAACCACCGCACUACCGGUAUCGGAUGCAGCACCAGCAGCGGCGGCGGCGGCAGCGGGGGAAGCUGCAGCAGCAGCAGCAGCAGCAGCAGGGGGCAUGAGGCCGGGUCGACUGAGCCUGACGUCCCAGCACAAUCGCAUGGGCAUAGCGACGGGCAACUGGGGGUGUGGCGUGUUUGGGGGCGACCUGGAGGUGAAGAGCAUGCUGCAGUGGAUGGCUGCCUCUGAGGCCGGCCGCCCCUACGUGUGUGAGUGGCUGCUGAGGGAGGGGUGGAGUGUGGGUGAGCUGUGGACCAUGGCUGAGUACAGCCGGCAGCGACGCGAUGUGCAUGAUGGGUGGAGCGUGGGCGAGCUGUGGACGACUGUCGCAGAGUACAGCCGGCAGCGACGCGACCACCAGCUGCACCUGCAGGUGCCGCAGCAGCACUCGGACCACCACCACUCGCAGCAGCAGCAACAUUACCAGCAGCAAGAUAUGGAUUACCAGUACCAGCACCAGCAGCAGCAGCAGCAGCAGCAGCAUUACCAUGAUCAGCAGCAGGGGCAGGGGCAGCAUGGGCAGGGGCAUGGGGAGAGGCGGCGGCAGCGGUACGGCACGCCGGUUUCCUUCUUUGAUUGGCUCAUCCCCGUGCAACAACGUUCCGGUUCUCCCGAGCCUGACGCCAAGCGUGCCCGCCUGUCCACCUCCGGAGGUUCGUCCCGAGCCGUGUCAUCCCCUCCCCGCACCUCCCGUUCCCUGCAUACCGAACUGCAGUACGCGUUUGAAGACCCGUGUCUCGUGCCUGAAGUGGGCGGGGGAACGAAUGGGCCCAGAAUCAACCAGCAGAGUGGUCAUGCGGAGGGUGGUGAGGGUAUGCGGUGUGGUGGUGUGGCGGAUGGCAGGGAGGGAGGGAGAGGAGGGGGAGGAGCGGGUGGAGGGGGAGGAGGAGGAGGGGGAGGAGGUAGAGGGGGAGGGGUGCAUGGGGAAGUGCCAGGUGGGUUUGAUGCUUGUGUGCGGGACGAGGCACAGGGAGCAGGGUGCAGGGAGGAGGGAGAAGAAGCAGGGCAGCGAGACGAGCAGGCACAGGAAGCAGGGCGCAGAGAGCAGCAGGGACACGAAGGCGGGCACAGGGACGCGGUGCAAAGGUGGGAGGAGAGGCGCGACAGGGGAGGGCAGGUAGGGAAGCAGGAGGCAGGGCAGGGUGUGCAGCAGGAGGCAGGGUGGGGUGCCCACGUUCAGGCAUGCCAGGAAGAGGGAGAGGGUGGGGCAGUGGAGGAAGGAGUGGGAGGGCUUGGCGAAGGCGAGAGGGAGGAGAGGCAAGGGGAAGGGCAAGGGAGAGAAGAUGGGCGAUGGGAGUUGAUGGCGCAACAGGGAGAGGUUCCGGUGCUGAAUGGGGAAGCAAGGUGGCACGGGGAUGGGGAUGGUAGGGGCACUGGGGAUGCCAAUAAUGGGGAAGGGGAAAGAAUGCAGGACGAGGAGAAUGAGGAGCAGGAGCAGGAGCGAGAAGAGGAGGAGGAGGAGGAAGAGGAGCAGCAGUCAAACCAGCAGCAAUCAGUCCAGGAGCAGCCUCGAGAAGGAGAUGAGUCAGCAGCUGCUGCACACGAAAGAGAUGAGGCUCGGGCCGAAGCACGGGGUCAGGUACGGGGAUUGACUGGGGAAGCUGGUGAAUUGGAAGAAAGGGAUGGGAGGGAGGAGAGCGAGGAGAGGGUGGGGGCUGAUGAAAUUGAGGGGGGUUCUUCUGAUCAGCGUUACCUGAGGGAGGUGCCUUCUGGGAGCGGUUGGCAGAACGUCUCGUUUGGAGAUGGACGGUCAAGAUCGGACGAUAUGAGUGAUAGUACCAAUAGGGAAGCGGCUAGUAGCGAAGACAUGAGCAGGUCGCAAGGGAGUGGGAGAGACGGUGGAAGGGCGGGGCGCGGGUUGAGAGGCGGGAAUAGAAGCUGGGGUGGAAGAAGUAGAGGCUCUAGUGAUGGGCAAAGGGUAAUGGGAGAGCAAAUUGACUCUGAUACACCGUCACUUGACAGUUUGGACGAGGUGUUUCGGGAACGGAUGGGAUGA